GGAGAGCGCUUCGAUGGAGCUUUGCCGUAACGUCUCGUGUGUGGUGUACUGUGAACGUCCCUGCAACGGCCCGAACCAACUAGUAGUGUGUUAGCAGGUGUGUUAUUGUUGUGCAAUCACCAUAAAUCGUGCAUUCUGUCCACCUCCGUCAGCAUGGUACAGCUGCCACGGAGCGAUCGCCGCGAAAUAAACCCCGUAACGGAUGCAGUAACGCACAGUGAGUAACGCAAAUGAAACCAUCACUUAGCAAACAGCGAGCGCCGUACACGAUCUGCAACACCAUGGCAACGACGUCCCGCCCGACGCCGUACAAUUGUUGAUCAGCGAUCGCUCUCGGACAUUUUGAAGAAGCAAGCGCGCGCAAAAAAAAAAGAAAACCGACACCCCGUCGGGAAGUGUUGGAGGUCGUACCGUACGAGGAGUUCCUUUUUGCUUUUAAGUUUUCCACCCGCUUUCGGGCGUGCCGCGCGAUGGAGUGUCACAGGCCGCAGCAGCCACAGCACAGACAUUCGAUGGGGGCGGUGGCUGAGUGGCGGUGGGGUCCGUUCCGGAUAGGGGUGGAACGGUGGUGCACCUGGCGGAAGCUUUCCCGACCGGUGCGGGCACUGUUGGUGGGGGUCGUGUUGCUGCUGGCCAUCGUCGGCCGGAGCACGGUGAGCGGUGAACCGAACUGUCCGUCCGCCUGCCAGUGCAAAUGGAAGGGCGGCAAGCAGGCGGUGGAGUGCUUGAGUGGCAACCUGUUCACGAUCCCGGAGAACAUCGACCACUCGACGCAGGUGCUGGACGUGUCCGGCAACAAUCUGCAGAUUAUCUCGAACGAAACGUUCGUCCGGUCGAAUCUGCUCAACCUGCAGAAGCUGUACAUGCGGGACUGCCGCAUCGGCCAGAUCGAUGACGGUGCGUUCGCCGGGUUGACGAACCUGGUCGAGCUGGAUCUGUCGAUCAAUCUGCUCACGGCGGUACCGUCCGCCGCGUUCCAGCACAUCGUGUCGCUGCGCGAUCUUACGCUCGCGCGCAACCACAUCCAGAAGAUAGAGAGUCACGCGUUCCGCAACGUGACGGCCCUGACCAAGCUGGAUCUGUCGUUCUGCAGCAUCCAGACGAUUGCACCGCAGGCGUUCGAAGGGCUGGGUUCGCUGCACUCGCUCAAGCUGAACGGCAACCAGCUGUCCGAGUUGCGCCCGAAGACGAUCGAAACGCUGAGCCGGCUGCACGGCAUCGAGCUGCACGAAAAUCCGUGGGUGUGCGAUUGCCGGCUGCGGGCGGCCAAGCUGUGGCUGACGGAGCACAACAUCCCGUACCCGAUCGCGCCGACCUGUGCCGGCGGUCCCGAGCGGGUGAUGGACAAAACGUUCGGUGAGCUGCAGGUGGACGAUUUUGCCUGCAAGCCGGAAAUGCUGCCGGUGCGCCGCUUCAUCCAGGCGUACAGCGGGGAAAACGCGACUAUCGAGUGCCGCAGUUCGGCCGUCCCGUCGGCCACGGUCAACUGGUACUGGAACGGGAAGCUGCUGGUGAACAACUCCCACUUCAGUGCGUACCAGCGCGUGCUGGUGUACGAGCAGGGUAACUUCGAGAAGCGCAGCAAGCUAACGCUCACGAACGCGCAGGAAACGGAUUCGAGCGAGUUUUACUGCGUGGUGGAAAAUCGGGCCGGUACGGCCGAAGCCAACUUCACGCUGCACGUGACGAUGCGCGACAUCGCGAUCGAUAACCGGCAGAUCAUCGGGCUGAGCGCGGCCCUGGUCAUACUGAUACUGUUCAUCCUGCUGAUCAUACUGUUCCUGCUCGUGCGAUUACGGCGCAUACCGAUGACGGAGACGAAAACCCCGAACCAGGUCGAGGUGAUCACGUCCGUAAGUCCCUCUAGCAAUGUAAAUGGCAAGGUGGCGACACCUAUUAACGAUUGUCAUUCUCCAGAUCGAAAAAACGCCCCCGGCGAUCUAAAGUGCUGCCCGUCGGCGGCGGCCAAUCCGGUGCAGAAGCCACCCCGGCUGACCGACCUGCCGUACUCGACGUCCCAUUACGACGGUGGCGGCAGCCUGAUCGCGUCCGGCCAGUGUUUCGUCUCGCCGACGCACUCGCUCACCGGGAACAAUCCGGACCUGAUCAACGACACGAAGCGGCUCGGCAGUGGUACCGAUCUGGCCACCGGCAGCGCCGGUGUUCCAUCCGCGACCGACCCGCUCGCCCAUCUCAGCCAGCUGCAGAUGCAGGCCACCACCGCACUCAACACCGCCCUCGCGCUGAUGGACCCGGUCGAGCGGCCGGGCAGUGGCGAGUAUAGCCGGGCCGGUUGCGACUCGCUCUAUCCGUCCGGGCUGUGGGAAACGCACAGCUCCAACCUAGCGACCACCGGACUCGAACACGGUGGUGGUGGUGGCGUUGUCACCACGGGCCACGGGCCCUACUCCGACAAGCUGCCCAUCCUCGGUGCAUCCACCACCGGGCCGACCAUGCUGAACCUGGACGACGAAACGUCCUCCGUCGACUACCUGAGCCGAACGUUUCCGCGCACCCAUCUCACCACCGGCCUCUCGCUCACCACAUCCACCACCGGCCAUGCCGGUGCGUACGGACCGGCGGGCGCUUCCGGCACGCCGGCGACCACCAACAGUGGCGGUGGCUACCCCGCCGACUACGGGCUCCCGAUCGUGCCCGGGGCGGAACAGCUACACAACAAGCUGGCGAGUGUGCAGCCCGCCCAUCACGGCAGCACCGGCAGCAUGCCGAUGAACGCGAAAACGCUGCGGGUGUGGCAGAAGGGCGGUGUGCCGGUUCUGCCACCGGUGACCGCCUUAAAACGUGCUUUAUCCAACAGCCGCAACUCGCCCGACGAAGGCUACCAGGAGGGCUGCGGGACGGAUGUGUAGUCCAGCUUUUAGGCUUUCCGCUUGCCCUCGCUAGCCAACCUAGCCCCCGACCAGCCGCCUCCCUCACCGGCCCCAGCGAGUGAUAACGACGAGGACGACGUGUGAGCGCGCCGCAAGCGACGAACCCCCGCGCUGCGCUGCGUAGAAGCCGCGCCGCCUGGCGGGUAUGCAAUCCGCACGCACCCGCGCGAACCGGCCGAUUCGUUCGCAGUGCUUUAGGGGUUUACCGCUCUUAGUCAAACCGUUCGCAACGCCUCGCGAACUCGAAGUAGCUAGAUCGAUGCACACGAUGCCCCGAGAGUAGUAGGACAGAAUCCGUGACCGAGUGAGUGAGAAGCGUGAAGUUUCCUUUGAGAUAUCCCUGCGGUAGUUGAGGAAGCACAUCCCAAAGAAGAUAAACUCCCACACGACGCGGCCAGACGACGAAAACACCUGUUCCAAGGCGCUACGAUACCGUGCACCCGGUGUAUGUAUGUAAGUGUGUACGUGUGUAUGUGUGAUUGUAAAUAUUGUUUGUGAAGGUUUGGUCGGUUGACGGCCGGAUGUGCACCGGAUUUUAAGUUUCGGUUUUGCGGUCGGAGGGUCGUUCGCGUUGUACAUCCAUACAUCCGGUCGAUUUGGCGUGAGGUUGUUGACCUCCGGAAGAGAGGGGGAAUGCAAGAAAAAGGGGAGGGUGACACCCGGUGACAAAAAGAAGGGCAGUUUAGGCGAAACAAUGAGGGCGGAUAGCGGAAAGUGUAUGAAUGUGAUAAGUACUUGUGAAAAGGUACAACCCCGUUUUUUUCUGUGUUUCUACUUGUUUCUUCUCAUUUAUUUAAAGUCCUCUCUUUUAUAAAUACAUCAUAACCUCUCUCUCUCCCCCCCGCGCAAAAAGCGCGAAGGACUGGGACGGUGGGCGUCCGAACGGGUGCCCCAGUCGCUAGUCGCCAUAGAUGCAUAAGGCAAGAUGGUGUAGUAGGUCCCUCUCUUUCCACAAUCCUUUUCCCCCACUCCCACACCCGGGGCCGUGGCUCGUUUGCUCGCUUGCCACGACCCGUGCCGUGCGCUGGAAAAAGCGGCACAUGUUGUUUUCCUUUCCGAAUGUUACGGUCGCACCGCAAGCACGCCGCGGACCGCCUUUCCAUCCGCGACUGCAGAUCGUCCCGACACACGGAUCGUUCCCAUCCCCACAGGCUGUGUGUUGAGUUGCGUCGUACCCGGUGGUUGGAGAGCAACUCCAAACGGUGUGCCCACGAUGCUUCAAAGGAAAAACAGGCGUAGUUUUCAAAGAGUUUUCCGAAGAAAAAGUUUGAUCC